UAAUAAGUUCCUCCACUGCGUAGUAAAAAAAUGAAUUGGGCGUUUCUCAAACGACUAAGCCCUCUUCUCUAUAUCUCUCUCCGGCGUUUGAUUGUUGGGAAAGAAACGUUUUUGAUUCCGAAGGUGAAUACUUUCCUUUCAUUCCUCCAAUUCUCUCCUUAUCUCUCUUUCUUCAGCCAUCGAAUAGUUACAGACUGGGUGACGAAGCUGUUUGAUCCAAAGAAGUGAAGACAUGCCUAUCUCCGGCGGCAGUGGCUCGCCGGCGGUGAAGGAAGUAGGGCCAAAUGUGAGAAGCAAGGACGUGAUGCGGCUGGAGCGGGAGUCCGUCAUUCCCAUCCUCAAGCCGAAGCUUAUCAUGACUCUAGCCAACCUCAUAGAGCAUGGUACCGACAGAGCUGAGUUUUUGAAGCUAUGCAAGAGGGUGGAGUAUACUAUUAGAGCUUGGUAUCUUCUUCAGUUUGAGGAUUUGAUGCAACUGCAUUCCUUGUUUGAUCCAGUCCGUGGCGCUCAGAGGUUGGAACAACAAAAUUUAUCCUCUGAAGAGAUCGAUGUUCUUGAGCAGAACUUUCUGACAUACUUAUUUCAGGUUAUGGAAAAAAGCAACUUUACGAUAGUGACUGAUGAGGAGAUUGAAGUUGCACAAUCUGGGCAGUAUCUAUUAAACCUUCCAAUAAAAGUUGACGAAUCCAAGCUUGACAAGACUCUUCUUGCUAAAUAUUUUAGAGACCAUCCUCUUGAAAAUCUUCCUGGAUUUUCGGAUAAGUAUGUGAUCUUUCGUCGCGGAAUUGGAAUAGACCGGACCACAGAUUACUUUUUUAAUGAGAAAUUGGACGUGAUCAUAGCUCACACAUGGUCUUGGCUUCUAAAAAUAUCAAGGCUUGAGAAGCUCUUCUCCCGAAAACCCGCGAUAACGCCCAUACCGGAUGCCAAGAAAACAGACGAAGUUACUGCUGACAAGGAGGAAGAUCUAUUUGUAGAACGCAUUCGUCUUGAAAAACUGGAAUUAAAUCUGAAGAAUCUGCUUGGAAAGAUUACAAUACAAGAGCCAACUUUUGAUAGGAUGAUUGUUGUUUAUAGACGGGCUAGUGAUAAAGCUAAGAAGGAUAGAGGGAUUUUUGUAAAGCAUUUUAAGAGCAUUCCAGUGGCUGACAUGGAGUUGGUUUUGCCUGAAAAGAAAAACCCAAGUUUAACUCCAAUGGACUGGGUCAAGUUCCUAAUUUCUGUUGUAAUUGGGCUUGUUACGCUUAUCAGUUCACUUGAAAUGCCUAAAGCAGAUAUAUGGGUUGUUGCAGCAAUUCUAUCUGGUGUGAUUGGUUAUUGUGCUAAGAUAUACUUCUCUUUUCAGCAAAAUAUGGUGACUUACCAGAACCUAAUAACACAAUCCAUGUAUGACAAGCAAUUGGAUAGUGGAAGAGGGACCAUUUUACAUCUAUGCGAUGAUGUGAUUCAGCAGGAAGUUAAGGAGGUUAUAGUUUCCUACUUUAUUCUCAUGGAACAAGGGAAAGCUACAGUGGAAGAUCUAGAUAUCAGGUGUGAAGAACUUAUUCUAGAAGAGUUUGGCGAAAGAUGUAAUUUUGAAGUCCAAGAUGCCGUCGAGAAGUUAGAGAAGCUCGGUAUUAUUGGAAGGGACUCAGUAGGUCGGAUCUACUGUGCCCCCCUGAAGCGAGCCAAUGACAUCAUCGGUCCAACAACAGAGGAAUUAGUGAUGAAAGCCAACCAAGGCCCUUCUGCCUAGAUUUCCCACGAUUUGCAGCUUUUAACAUUCAGAGAACAGCAGGAGAAUUUCCAAUUCUUUUAUCUCUUUUAUUUCCAUUAUUGUUGUGCACUUAAUCAU